UAGACUAGCUCAAUUUACAAAUAGCUUAGCGCUCAUUUGCAUUACAGUACACAAAUGGUGUAGCGUUGCGUCAAAUGGCUCAGGGUAAUGUCGAGCAGCACAGCGUACGCACAAAAGGUGUAGCGUUGCUUCAAAUAGCUCAACGUAAUGUCGAAUGGUACAGCGUACGUUUAAACAGUAUAGCGUUACGUGAAAUGGCUCAGCGUAAUGUCGAAUGGUACAGCGUAUACACAAAUGGUGUAGCGUUGUGUCGAAUAGCUUUGCAGAACAUCAGACACUCUAUCUGAACAUUAAAUUCCUUAGCAUUACACGAAAUAUUUCGAUGUUGUGGCGAAUCGUUGUGCUUGCUUGUUGGUUUCGGCGAGAUCGCCUUCACGUCACGCCACCAAAAAUGCAGACCGCAAAUGGAACAGUGAUCUGCUGGGGGGCAUGACGUCAUCGAAUAUGAAGACUGUCGCGAAACCAUCACAUGUGGUCAGAGGCUUACUUCGCCUUGCCGUAAAGCAGAGCCAAUUCAAAAGAUGUCGAGGAAAGAGACAGAGUCAGCGGUAAAUGUUGUCCAAGAUGGCUCCCAGUCGUCCUCGUGUGUGAGACGCACAUGCGAAUCUGACUCCUGUUGGUCUUGGUUGGUCUGUGGUGUGUGUGCUUUGUGUAACAUUAUCAUCUGUGGUCUAACGUACAGCUAUGGAAUUCUGUUUCCCUCGCUGCUGGACGAAUUUAAACAAGGAAAGGCGACCACAGCACUGGUUGGAUCACUAGCCAUGGUUGGAACAGGUGUGUACAGUAUGCUGGUGGCUAAAGUGUACAACCGCAUCGGGCCCCUUAAAACUGUCAUCGCAGGGACCCUAAUCAGUAUUGCAGCCCUCCUGGUGACGUCACGGGGUACAGGCAUCUAUUUCAUCAUGGUCAGCUAUGGUAUCAUUUUCGGAAUUGGGUCAUGUUUCGUGUUUCUUCCUUUGUACUUGACGAUGCCUAAGUACUUUAUAAAACGGCGCUCGUUAGCACUGGGGCUUGUUGCCAUGGGGCCAGGAGGAGGCUUGUUCGUGAUGAGCCCAAUAAUGCAGGCUUUUGUAGAUACACUUGAUUGGCGCGGGACAUUUAUGGCCAUGGCUGGGAUUGUGGCCUUAAUAGGGCCCCUUAGUUGUGUCUUUAUCAGGAUACCUGAUGAUAAGACAGAUCAACGCGACGCUCCGGGGGAGGAUUAUAGAGAAAAGCUCUCUUACUUGUCGUUCAUUAGAAAUAGACGUUUUGUUAUUUUCACUGUUGCUACAUGUUUGUCGUACGCCGGGCAUUACAUUCCAUCCUUCCAUAUGGUUCGGUAUUGCGAGACACUAGGGAUAUCUACAAAUCAAUCCUCUAAACUCUACAUCUACAGCGGAGUUACGUCAUUGCUAGUGCGUCCUGUGAUCGGCCGUCUGUGUGACUUCGAAAAGAUUCAAGCGCACUCUCUUUUCCAGAUCGCUGCGGUUGCGGAGGGAAUUGCUACCUUACUUCUGCCGCUCGCUAAACGAUAUAUUUAUUUUGUGCUUUAUUUCCUGUUGUAUGGAUGUACGGACGGAGCCAUGUUCAGCGCCAUGUGUGUUGCAUGCAUGUUUUGUUUUAAAGGAAAUCAGCGUAAUCGUGGGUUUGGUUUCUACCAGAGUAUUACAAAUAUCGUAUCUGCGUUUGGUCCAGCUCUCGGAGGGCUUGUCGCGGACAGUUUCGGAGGGUACCCUCCAGCGUUUUACAUGUCAGGAGCCUUGGUAGCUCUCAGCGGAGUUAUAGUUCUUCUCGUUCUGUUUGUAAAACAAGAUCACCAAGAUCCUGCAGAAGCUGCCAUAAGAGGCGCACUAUUGGUGGUCGAAAAAUGUACUGUUGUUUGACGUCCACAGCGAAAGAUUUCUUCUCAUAAGCUUAAAGGUAUGGGUAGGGUGGAGAUUUUCCUUCUUUCUCCCCCACCCCCUCCCCCACCACCUACAUUUUUGUAAUCUCGUAUCCAGACCCUCCAUGGCCAAGCGGUUGUAAGGUCCGACUUUUCAGUUACAGUUAAUUGGUAGGAUCUGGCAACGUGAUUGACGUUUUCGCUUUCUCUCCUCGUAUGCUUCUUAUGUUGAUUGAGGAGGGGUGGAGCUUAAACUCUGGGUCACUCUACCACACCCCUAUCACUCUAUCCGUGCCUCUCUCAAACUUCACAGAAAAGAGAUUGCUUCCCUUAGCUACGCAACAGCCUGAAUAAUAACAAAUAAAAGCACUAUGUCACUAAAAUGCA